CCUAAAUUAUUUCUCCUCUGUCAGUCUCUCGCACUCUCUUUCCUUCUCAUUCUUACUUCAUCUGCGUCUAUAGGAAAACACGGGAAGGGAAGAAAUCGGAGGAAAAUUUGGUGGGAGAGCGAUGGGCGGUUGCUUUCCCUGCAUCGGCAAGCCAGACACCGACGACAACGAUCCGAUCCCACCUCCGUUAGCAGAUAGGUCAAAAUCAAAAUCAAAAUCCCCACUGGUCUUAAAGAAACAAAGCUCAGUGAAGGAAACAAAGAUCUCGAGCAGUGGCUCUGGACGGAUUGCUGCCCAGACAUUCACAUUUCGCGAACUAGCUGUGGCAACUAAGAAUUUUAGAGCUGAUUGCCUCUUGGGCGAAGGAGGAUUCGGCCGAGUUUAUAAAGGAAGGUUGGAAGGUAGCAACCAGAUUGUGGCUAUCAAGCAGCUCGAUCGAAAUGGCUUACAAGGAAACAGGGAAUUUCUUGUUGAAGUUCUGAUGUUAAGUCUUCUUCACCACCCUAACCUUGUUAAUCUGAUCGGGUAUUGUGCUGAUGGAGAUCAAAGGCUUUUGGUCUAUGAAUAUAUGCCAUUAGGAUCCUUGGAAGACCAUCUUCAUGACCCUUCUCCAGACAAGAAGUGGCUUGAUUGGAACACUAGAAUGAAAAUAGCUGCAGGUGCAGCAAAAGGAUUGGAGUACUUGCAUGAUAAGGCGAGUCCUCCAGUAAUAUAUCGUGAUUUAAAAUGCUCCAACAUUUUGCUUGAUGAGGAGUAUAAUCCCAAGUUAUCGGAUUUUGGCUUGGCAAAGCUUGGUCCUGUCGGUGAUAAUACUCAUGUGUCCACCAGAGUGAUGGGCACGUAUGGGUACUGUGCACCUGAAUAUGCAAUGACCGGACAACUGACACUAAAAUCAGAUGUUUAUAGCUUUGGGGUUGUUCUUUUAGAGCUCAUCACUGGAAGAAGGGCUAUUGACAAUUCUAGAGCGGCUGGUGAGCACAAUCUUGUUGCAUGGGCACGACCAUUAUUCAGAGACAGGAGGAAAUUUUCACAGAUGGCUGAUCCUAUGCUUCAGGGCCAGUACCCAGUCCGGGGCUUGUACCAGGCACUUGCCGUUGCUGCAAUGUGUGUGCAGGAACAGCCUAGCAUGAGGCCUCUAAUAGCUGAUGUUGUAACAGCCCUCGCUUACCUCGCUUCGCAAACUUACAACCCCAAGAACCAACAAAACCAGCACACUUCUCGGCUACCAGCACCGGGUACACCUCCUCAGACACGAUUGGACAUUGAAAAGAAACCAAGCGGUGGAUCUGAAAGAGAUCGAUUGAGAGGAUUGAAGUGAAAUCAUCCAACAGCAUCAAUGCUUAUUCGUUUGUUGAUCCAUUAACUCACCCAUUAUGCCAUGUCUCAUGGCGGAACAGAGGAAAACUACACCAUGUGUUCAUCAUGGUUCGGGUCUCACCACUAUUCAGUCUUUGGCUGUCUGUUUGGCGUAUGUAUAACAAAUUUGCCAUGCUUGAGCAUAAAGUGUCAGGAGGUAAUUUUUUUCGGGAUUGUAUAUGUAAGUUUUGGUCUUUGUAUCUAAGUGCAUUGUGUUAGACAUCAUGUAUCAUAUUGAUAUUAUUUUUUGAUCUUGUUCUACAAUCAAGCCUUUAUAUUUGUUUCUA